GUGACCUGUUACGUCAUACACGGAAGUAAACAAAGAGCCGAACGUUUCUAAUUAAUCGUUAGAAUCUGCGUCAGAAUGUCGAUUUCUAACCCAAGACAAGUGUUUUCAAACCCGUUGAUCCCUUUCGCUGGCACCAUUCUGGGUGGUUUACUGCCCGAUGAGAUGGUUCUGAUCCAGGGUUCGGUACCAUCUGGUGCUGACAGGUUCCAGGUGGAUUUUACGUGUGGCAGCAGCGUGAAGCCGCGGGCCGACGUGGCGUUUCACUUCAACCCCAGACUGAAGAAGAAGCGCAUCGUCUGCAACACGCUGGAGAAGGAGCGCUGGGGCAGCGAGGAGAUCCUGUAUCAGAUGCCUUUAAGAGUCGGAGCUGCAUUUGAACUCAUCUUCUUGGUCCUGAAGGAAAAGUACAAGGUUGCGGUAAACGGAGCGCAUGUGUUGGAGUACAAACACCGCGUGGAUCUUAACCGGGUCGACACCAUCCUCAUCUCAGGGGCAGUGGCGGUUCAGGCUGUGGCCGUUCUUCCUCCUGCUUCUAGUCCCGCCUCUCCUGCUUCCAGUCUGACCAGCUCACACUCUGAGGCGAUUCUCUCAUUCAGAGAUCUGAAAGUUCCCUUCAGAGGGCGGCUGGAGAAGGGGUUAAAGGUCGGACACAGCAUCAUCAUCAAAGGACAAACGAGUUCGAAUGCAAAAAGUUUUGCCGUUAACCUGCGCGACGCCAGCGGCCGUGACAUCGUCCUCCACCUGAACCCCCGCCUGGCCAAACGAGUCUUCGCCAGGAACUCAUUCUUGUCCGAGUGCUGGGGCGCCGAGGAGUCGGACCUGGAGGCCUUCCCCUUCGCGGCGGGGGAGUACUUCGAGAUCAUCGUCCGGAGCAACGAGCGGCACUUCAGGGUCGCCAUCAAUGGAUGCCAUCAGUUCGACUACAAGCACCGAGUCCAGGACCUGAGCGCCGUCGGCCAGCUGGAGGUGGUGGGAGACGUGACGCUCAUGGACGUCCGGAUGAUCUGACCCAGAAACACAAAACCCAGAAACACGAAACCACUCACCGUAAAACCGGGGUGUCCAAACUGGAUCAGGUUUUUGU